ACCUCUCCGGUUGCCUUCAAGGUCAAAACCACCGCCCCCAAGCAAUACUGCGUCCGCCCCAACUCGGGUCGCAUUGAGCCCGGUCACGAUGUCGAGGUUUCCGUCCUCCUCCAGGCCAUGAAGCAGGAGCCGCCUUCGGACGCCCGAUGCCGCGACAAGUUCCUCGUUCAGUCCGUUACCAUCACCGGUGACAAGGAGUUCACCAACGUUGCUCAGAUCUGGGAUGGUGUCGACAAGUCCCAGAUUCAGGAGAAGAAGAUCCGCGUUCUCUGGCUUCCAGCCUUUGGAGAGGAGACCACGUCCCCCGUGGCUGCCACCCCUAUCCGCCCCUCGACCUCGAACCGGGUUGAGGACACCCCCGCUCCUUUCACAUCCCCCAGCGAGACCCGAUCUUCGACGGCCGACGCCCGCGAGAUCAAACAAGAGCCUGACCUCGCCGAGAACUUCCAGUCGACCGUUGCGGCCGCCGCAUCGACAGUAAAGAACACGGCUUCCGACACGUAUGAGGAGUUGAAGGAACAGUUGGCCAAGGCCCAGGCGACCAUCGCAUCUCUCCAGAAUGACGCCGCCAGCGGCCUGAGACAGAGGAAGGCGGCUGUGGCUGACGCGGUGGGCGAGCAGGCGUCGAACGUACAGGCAACCGCCCAGGACCUGGCGCAAUCAGCGAGGCAAGGCACGGAGGGAGUGCCAGUCCAGAUCGCGGCGGUCCUCUGCUUGGUUAGCUUCCUGCUGGCCUAUAUCUUCUUCUAGUGCACGAACACCGGUCAAUUUUCUGUCAUCGCGAAGGCUGCCUCAGUACGCCUAGGGUUUCACAAUACAACAACAUAAUCCUUUCCCGUUCUUUUUCAUUUCUCUGUUUUCAUAUAUCGCUUCACUCAUUACUAAAAACUUGUUUUCCCUUUGUCGUUGUGGUGGAUAGAGUGGCAGGCCCAGGGUGUAGGAUCGAAAGCAGGCAGCGCAGGAAGGGGAAGACAGGAGAACAACACGCGUGGUCCAGGGUUCGUUUUUUUUUUUUUUU